GUAGCGGAGUGCGCGUCGUGGCCGCUACGCCCACCGUAUUGCGUAUACAAUGGGGACACCUCAUCAGCUUCGUCCGACCAAAAUCCCCCUCUCAUUCGAGAGACCUCCCCCCACCUUUCUCGAACCCCCAAUCUACUGCUCGGAGUCCCUAUAUGCUCCGGCGUGACAUCCUCAAUCACAAUGAGGUUUUUCACCGCCACAGUGCUUGGGUUGCUUGCACCCAGCCUGGUUGCCGCAACUAACCUGACCACCCCGUCUCGACUUGCUCUCCCAUCCGACUUCAAGCCUGCGCAGGUCUUCAAGAACACGAAUCUGGUUCGCAAUACCAACCUGGAGAAAGGAUACGUCCGGGAGACCGUCAAUGUUGUCGUUGAGAAUGUCGACAACCAGCCACAGAGCGACUACUACAUUCCUUUCCCUUCAGAUGUAUUUGAGCGCGUUGGAGGAUUCGAAGUGCGUGACAAGAAGGCCACUGGAAAGGGGCGUUUUGAGGUAGACGUUACCGAGCCCGUUUCAUCCAGCGGUAACCAGUACUUCGUCGUCCAUUUCCCCCAAGCUCUGGCCCCGAACUCUCAAAUCACUCUCGGAAUCUCCUACUCUGUCCUGUCUUCCCUGAGCCCGCUCCCAGCAACCAUUGGCCAAAACGACAAGCAGUACCUCACUCACAGCUUCUCCGCUUAUAUCAAUUCCGCCUAUCAGACCGUCACUCAGAAGACCAAGCUGAAAUUCCCUAGCGCCGAUGUGCCCGACUAUACCACCACCGAGGGCCUCAAGUCCGGCGCUGACCCGGAGCGCAAGGGCGCCACGUAUACCUACGGACCCUACGAUACGGCCAAGGUGGCCCCCGGCACUGAGUACCCCAUUACCGUGCGCUACGAGUUCACCAAUCCGGUGAUCACCGCAAGCCUUCUGGAGCGUGAUCUGGAAGUGUCGCACUGGGGUGGAAAUCUGGCCACCGAAGACCGGUAUUGGCUGCGCAACAACGCUUCGCAACUGACUACCCAGUUCUCGCGCGUUGAGUGGACCUUCUCCAACUACCAGAAGGCCCCGACCUCCGCCGUGCGUGAGCUCACCUACCCUCUGCUGCCCGGUUCCGUCGAUGCGUACUUCAUCGAUGACAUUGGCAAUGUGUCCACCAGCCGCUAUCGUCCCGGUACUGCCAAGACUGGCGCCAAUUUGGAGCUGAAGCCCCGUUACCCGAUCUUUGGUGGCUGGAACUACAGCUUCAAGGUGGGCUGGAACAAUGAUCUGUCUGCUUUCCUUCGCAAGGCUACCGGCUCCAACUCGUACGUUCUCAAGGUGCCAUUCCUCCAGGGCCCCAAGAUGGCGGAGGGCGUUCAGUAUGAGCGUGUCGUCGUGCGCGUCGUUCUUCCCGAAGGCGCACACAAUGUGCGCUACGAGCUCAUUGAAGGCGCUACGAGCAACGGUCUGCCUGGUGCGAACCAGAUUCACGCAAGUCUGUCCUCGCUCAAGACUUACAUGGACACCCUCGGCCGGACUACUUUGACCCUGGAGGUUAACAGUCUGACUGAUGAGGCGCGCGACGCGCAACUAGUGGUGACUUAUGACCACACCCUCGUUGAUGCUCUGCGCAAGCCACUUACCAUCUUCGCCGGCCUUCUGACCGUCUUUGUUGGUAUCUGGUUCAUUGGCAACCUCGAUGUCAGCAUCAAGAAGCGGUAAAUCCGAGCCUUGGAAGAUGCAUGUUUCUUAUUGUCCAUCAUUUUGCUUCCUGUAACAGCUUUUAUAUCAUGUCCAAGCACAGAUUUCUCAAACGCAAGGUCUUUCUUGUGCAUUUGAGCCUCGUCCCUGGCGUACCAUGGUUCUAGUUCGUAGGAGAAAACAAUCAGGCCUGGGUAGAAGAUUCGAUCAAGCUUCGAUGUAUGAGUCUAGUAGUCAAAGUUAAUUGUGCCAGCCUAGCCAAUUAAAUGCCCAAAUCACUCUUGACUUACUGCAGAG